AUGGUUAUGAUUGCCAAUAAAAAGACUCAGGAUAAAAUGACAGAAGAUCUCGAACUAUUCCUCGGAGAUAAUAGUAUAUUAUUUGUUCAAUGGCUAUUUGAAUAUAUGGAGAAUGAAUCAAAAGGGCAAAUAACCAAACCUAAGGAUGAAAAGAAAGAUCCAAAAUCAAAGCAAGCAGUUGAGGAAGAAGCUGUCAUUUCUAUCCAACCUGAACCAGCAGAUUUUGAGGAGAUUGGAGUUAAACGUGUUGACCCUGUAACUAAUGUGUCGUCGUCUAUAAAAGCGACUGUAGGAUUUACAAAAGGCAACAAAAGAAAGCUUUCUGAAAACAAUCAUCACGCGUCUAGUGCUACUACCGUAAAGAAAUUUGAUCACAAUAAAGAACCUUCGUUAAGUCCUUCUAUUAAAAAAGUUCGAAGGGAAAGAGAUGUAACAACUGAUAAACAACGCCCAAAAUCAAGUGUUCUUAAAGUGAUCAGGCCUAGACCUCAAAUUCCUUCUAGCAAGCAGGCUUCUAGAAAGUUACUAAGUCGAGCAGUUAAAGAUGCCUUCCAUUCACUCUCCCAUAAUGAAUCUGAUAUUCAAAUGAGUCGUGAGAAACCGCCUGUGAACAAGGAAAUUAUUCAGGAAGAAUUAAGUGAAGAAGAGCAACAUCGUCAGUUAGUCAAAAAAUACGAUGAAAUGCGUGAGAAGCGCGAUAGAGAAGAAAGCUUGAAAUUAUUUCCGAAUUUGAAUGUUAAUCCUGUCGAAAAUAGAAAUAUUGAUUUAAGAAAUGUCGUACAAUCAUUGCGUAAAGAUAAAAUUCAACAUUCUAUCAAUAGUUCUGAUUUAGAAGGCAAUCCGACCAUUUCGAUAUCUCCCUCUAGGAGUGUAACAGCUAUUAAUAACAGAAAUGACAAAUCUGUAUUUGAAAAACCUGCUUUAGAUGAUCGUAAAGUUAGUCCUGUAGACGUAAACCCUAACAAUUCAGUUAUACGAAGAAGUGUACGGGAGAGGCUGGGUUUUUCCUCAAAUAAGAAUGUUAAAGAUACUGACGUUUCUAGUAAUAAAAGUAUAUUUGAAAGACUUGGAAAAGUAGUAGGAGAAGCUGAAGAUGUGAACGAUAAUGAAAACUCGGAUAAAGGUGAGCUACAGAGCGAUGUAGAUUCUGGCCAAUUUGUAAAAACAUGGAUCAAUGCGAUUAUUUACAUCCAACAAUUCCUUGCAGGUUUAUGCUAG